CUCUGAACCACCUUUAGUGAUAUUAUUUGGAUAGCGAUCGCCUACUACCUCGGCUCCAAUACAGCUACAUGAACUCUUUGCCACGUUUACACGUUUAACCUACAACAAGCCCGCACAUGCGCGGCUCGCCAUUUCUCUUAACUACUUCAGUUUUGAGAGCUUGCCACUUUACGUGAAUAUGUCGGCAAACGAAAUGGAUCGUUAUGCACUGUCCCAUUGCUUGGGUUUCAUUGCUACAGAAGUACCCCAGUUCUUUCCGUGAUGUACAGCAGUAAACCCCUCAACUUUGCUCAUUGAUUCUUCAAUUACUCUUUCUUUUAACGCAAGUUCUCAAACAUGAAUGUCGACGAUCACAAUGACAAAUCUUUUGGGCUCCAACUUGAUUCUGAAAUCGAAGCACGACUAGAGCCGCCAGCAGACUUGCCGGAAGGGCUCCGAUAUGUCGCCGACACAAGACGACAAUCCAUUAACCCGGCGCAACCCUCCAACCGACGGCCAUCGAAUACAAGCCGACGACUGUCCAAUUCGGAUACGGAAAACACGCGCUGCAACGUACGAACGCGUGGCUAUCUUCCUAUCGAGAACUAUGGCAUUAUCGGGAACAUGCGUACUAUUGCCAUGUGUGGCACUGACGGAUCGAUCGAUUUCUGCUGUUAUCCUAAAUUUGAUAGUCCUUCUAUCUUUUGUCGAAUGCUUGACAAGGACAAAGGCGGGCAUUUUUCUAUUUCUCCACGACAGCAUACGAGCAACAAGCAGCAAUAUCUUCCCAAUGGCAAUAUACUGACGACACGCUUCUUGUCCGACGAAGGCGUGGGCCAGAUCACCGAUUACAUGCAUUUGCCUGAACAGUCGCAACGGCAUGGAACGAAGCCAUUAUUGCCUUGGAUUAUUCGUGUGGUGGAGGUCAUCCGUGGUACAGUGUCAUUUGAUAUGGAGUGUUAUCCCGCGUUCAACUAUGCACGUGACGAACAUACAGUGGAAUUGGUAUCGUGCGGACAGACGAACGGCAAUGACGAAGCGAAUGCGCCUAAACUUUAUCCUGAAGACGACAUUUCUUAUUAUGUCGGCAGCGGUCGCGCAAUAUUCAAAUCGAGUACAAUGAACGUGGAUUUGCGUUAUUUAGUCAAGUGCGGAGAUUUUGCUUGCCCAGCUGUGAAUUUAAAAGUGGAUGAGAAGGCAGUAAACAUCGGUUUACAAGGCCCGGGCGUUACGGCUGAAUUCGAGCUCCAGGAAACGCAGCAAGUUACUUUUAUCUUUCGCGAGAUCCCACAGAUCAAAGUACCCGAAAAUGAAAACCAUAUGCAGGCCAAAGAGCGUAAGGCCAAAGAUCCUCCACUCACAGCAAGUUUGGUUGAUGCAUUGUUAAGGCAAACUGCGAGGUAUUGGCAAACAUGGGUCAACCAAAGCACUUACAGAGGCCGGUGGCGAGAAAGCGUUAUGCGCAGCGCACUCACUCUAAAACUUCUUACAUAUGAGCCGACGGGCGCUGUUGUCGCUGCUCCUACGUUUAGUCUUCCUGAAGCGAUAGGUGGUUCAAGGAACUGGGAUUACCGAUUUGUAUGGAUAAGAGACAGCUCGUUUACGAUAUACGCUUUUCUUCGAUUGGGGUUGACAGAAGAGGCACAGCGCUAUAUGCAGUAUAUAUCCGAUCGAUGCAAUGACUUGAAUCCUGACGGCUCUUUGAACAUCAUGUACAGCAUCGAUGGCGUGAAAGAGUUGGACGAAUUUGAAUUGGAUCAUCUGGAUGGAUAUCACGGUUCUCGUCCCGUCCGUGUUGGAAAUGGCGCCUACGAUCAUCUUCAACUUGACAUCUAUGGCGAAUUACUGGACGGCGUAUACCUUUACAACAAGUAUGGACAACCUGUCUCGUACGACAUGUGGCGCUCCAUCCGAAAACUGGUAAAUUACGUGUGCGACCAUUACAACCAGCCUGACAUGUCGAUUUGGGAAGUACGUGGGCAAAAACAGAAUUUUACCUACUCUCGUGUUAUGUGCUGGGUUGCCAUCGAUAGAGGCUUACGUCUAUCGGAAAAGCGCAUGUUUCCAUGUCGAGAACGAGACCGUUGGCUCAAUGUACGGGAUGAAAUAUAUGAGGAGAUCAUGGAAAAGUGCUGGAACCCACAAUUGCAAGUCUUCACCCAAGGCAUUGAGUCACCCGAAGCGUUGGAUUCAAGCGUGCUGAUUAUGCCUUUAGUAUUUUUUGUGGCACCUAAUGAUCCGCGAAUGCUGUCGACAAUAAGAAAGAUAUUGUUGCCUCCUGAAAAAGGUGGAUUGGUUGCCAAUAAUUUGGUGUUCCGUUACAAUUACUUGACCACCGACGAUGGUGUUGGCGGUCUGGAGGGUGCAUUCUCUAUGUGCACAUUCUGGUUGGUAGAGGCGUUGACGCGAGCAGGAAUGUAUGAUAGGAAGCUUUUGAACCGGGCGGUGGUCAUGUUUGAGGAAAUGGUGUCGUACGGAAACCAUCUUGGACUAUUCUCUGAGGAAAUCGCCCGCUCAGGAGAAAUGCUUGGUAAUACACCCCAAGCCUUUUCACAUUUGUCGUUUAUCAGUGCUGCAUUCAAUCUGGACCGAGUACUUUCGAAAAAGAAUUGAGCAUGUUUUUCCGUGUCUCACACGUUUGUACAUAGACGUGCUGCAUUAAAAGAAUAAUUCGAACCAUGUCAUAUUUUUACAUGGACCGUGGGGACAGUAAAGUCUG